AUGAAUAAAGUUGAAUUGCCAUCGAAUUUGCAAAUCUCAAAUUUUUUGUAAAAUGAAAUACAAAAAACAGAUAAAUAUGUUAAAUAGCAUGUAACAGAGUUGAUUUAUUUUUAAUUUUAGGAGAAAGAACUCAAUACUCUGUCAAAAUACUAAAAAAUAAUAUCAUAAAACUGUCAAUCCAAUAAAGAGAAACUAUCUCAAUUAUUUUUAAAAUAAUUUGAACUUGAUUAACAUCUAAAACAAAAAAAUAAUCAAGUAAUCUAUUCGUAUUAGAUUUAGUUAAAAAAGAAGAGAUACAUCAAUGAGUAAAGUGGUCUUUAAGAACAAAAAGAAAAAAAUUAUUUAUAAUAAUUGGAUUCUUAUUGGAGCUAUCAACAAAAUUUUUAUCCAAAUAUUGACUAUAUGUCUGACUCUGUUGACAAAUCUCGGCAAUAAUUAAUUCAAUAUUACGAGCAUAAAUUAUCUCUAGAAGAAAACUAAUUAGAGAGGAAUUAAAUAAAAUAAAAAAUAUUUUCAUUAAAAGAGGCCCAAGUAUACAUCAACAAUACUUUUUGUAGAUUAAAUACGAUAAAUGUAAAAGCAUUGAAGGUAGAAUUAAGAAAGCAGAAUAAUUAAGAACAGAGAGAUUCGACACUUCAGUAGAAAAAAUAAAAAAACAUGAAAAGCAUAUAAUGGAUGUGAUAUAUCAGAACCAAAUGUUAAGCGAAAGGAAGUCCCAUUAUUUUAAAGAUAAACUUCAUAGACUAGAGGAGAAACUAUGCUAAUCUGAACUAGAAUAAGGAAAGAAAAGAUUAUAUUAAGUUCAAAAAGCCUUCGAAAAAGAUAAUCAUAGAUUAUAAGUUUAUAAGUAUACAAUAAUAGGUAAAAGUAAAUUCUGAGAAAAUUAAUCAACAUAAUGAUUCAAUUCAUGAGGGUCAUUUAGAGAAUAAAUUGAAUAAAAUUAACUCUUUAGAAGAAAUUCGACAAAUCGUGAAAAAGGGUAGACUAUAAAUAGCCAGCAAUAUGUAAUAAUAGAAGAACGAAAUUGUGUAGUAGAUAGACGACCUUAGAAAUUCCUCUUUGCAGUCAAGCAUUUAUUAAAGUUAAUUGCUUUAUUAUUGA